GGGAGGUGCAGGCCGGGGGUGGUAUAUCCUGUCUGGCGGAGGGCGGGUCUCGCCAGUGCCACCGAGGGACGAGCCGGGUUGGAGGCGCCAGGAGAAGCUGCCGGGAGCCUCACUCUAUGGCCAUAGGGAGCCGCUGAGAACCAGAAGAGCACGCUGCCAUCGCCCGCUGCACCGCACGCCCUCCCUCGCUGCUCUGCCCGCCCGGCCGGCCCGCACCUCCCGCCACCAUGAACCACUCACCGCUCAAGACCGCCCUGGCGUACGAAUGCUUCCAGGACCAAGACAACUCCACGCUGGCCCUGCCGUCCGAUCAGAAGAUGAAGACGGGCACGUCGGGCCGGCAGCGAGUGCAGGAACAGGUGAUGAUGACGGUCAAGCGGCAGAAGUCCAAGUCUUCCCAGUCUUCCACUCUGAGCCACUCCAACCGAGGUUCCAUGUACGAUGGCCUGGCCGACAAUUACAACAACUACGGGACCGCCAGCCGGAGCAGCUACUUCUCCAAGUUCCAGGCAGGAAACGGCUCAUGGGGAUACCCGAUCUAUAAUGGGACCCUCAAGCGAGAGACGGACAACAGGCGCUUCAGCUCCUACAGCCAGAUGGAGAACUGGGGCCGCCAGUAUCAGCGGGGAAACUGUAACAUCACAGGUGCGGGCAGCGACAUCUGCUUCAUGCAGAAAAUCAAGGCCAGCCGCAGUGAGCCUGACCUCUACUGCGACCCACGGGGCACCCUGCGCAAGGGCACGCUAGGCAGCAAGGGCCACAAGACUAGUCAAAAUCGCUACAGCUUUUACAGCACCUGCAGUGGCCAGAAGACCACCAAGAAGUGCCCUGUGCGCCCGCCCUCCUGCACCUCCAAGCAGGAUCCAGUGUAUGUGCCCCCCAUCUCCUGCAACAAGGACCUGUCCUUUGGCCACUCAAGGGCCAGCUCCAAGAUCUGCAGUGAGGACAUCGAGUGCAGUGGGCUGACCAUACCCAAAGCUGUGCAAUACCUGAGCUCCCAGGACGAGAAGUACCAGGCCAUCGGGGCCUAUUUCAUUCAGCACACCUGCUUCCAGGAUGAAUCUGCCAAGCAACAGGUUUACCAGUUGGGUGGCAUCUGCAAACUGGUGGAUCUCCUGCGCAGUCCCAACCAGAAUGUGCAGCAGGCAGCUGCAGGUGCCCUGCGCAACCUGGUAUUCAGGAGCAACACCAACAAGCUGGAGACCCGGCGGCAGAACGGGAUCCGCGAGGCCGUCAGCCUGCUGCGGAAGACCGGGAACACCGAGAUUCAGAAGCAGCUGACUGGGCUGCUCUGGAAUCUAUCUUCCACCGAUGAGCUGAAGGAGGAGCUGGUGGCCGACGCCCUGCCUGUCCUGGCUGACCGCGUCAUCAUCCCCUUCUCCGGCUGGUGUGAUGGCAACAGCAACAUGUCCCGGGACGUGGUGGACCCCGAGGUCUUCUUCAACGCCACAGGCUGCUUGAGGAACCUGAGCUCGGCCGAUGCAGGGCGCCAGGCCAUGCGCAACUACUCUGGCCUCAUCGACGCCAUCAUGGCCUACGUGCAGAACUGCGUGGCUGCCAGCCGCUGCGAUGACAAGUCUGUGGAGAACUGCAUGUGCAUCCUGCACAACCUCUCAUACCGCCUGGAUGCCGAGGUGCCCACCCGCUACCGUCAGCUGGAGUACAACGCACGCAAUGCCUACACAGAGAAGUCCUCCACUGGCUGCUUCAGCAACAAGAGCGACAAGAUGAUGAACAACAACUAUGACUUCCCGCUCCCCGAGGAGGAGGCCAACCCUAGGGGCAGCAGCUGGCUCUACCACUCAGAUGCCAUCCGCACCUACCUGAACCUCAUGGGCAAGAGCAAGAAAGACGCCACUCUUGAGGCCUGUGCUGGUGCUCUGCAGAACCUGACAGCCAGCAAGGGGCUGAUGUCCAGUGGCAUGAGCCAGUUGAUCGGGCUGAAGGAGAAGGGCCUGCCCCAAAUCGCCCGCCUGCUGCAAUCGGGCAACUCAGAUGUGGUGCGGUCGGGGGCCUCCCUGCUGAGCAACAUGUCCCGCCACCCCGUGCUACAUAGGGCCAUGGGGAACCAAGUGUUCCCAGAAGUGACCAGGCUCCUCACCAGCCACACGGGCAACACCAGCAACUCGGAAGACAUCCUGUCUUCGGCCUGCUACACCGUGAGGAACCUGAUGACCUCGCAGCCGCAGAUGGCCAAGCAGCACCUGACCACCAGCAUGCUGCACAAUGUGGUCAAUCUGUGCCGCAGCAGCACUUCGCCCAAGGCUGCAGAAGCUGCCCGACUCCUUCUGUCCGACAUGUGGUCCAAUAAGGAGCUUCAGGGCGCCCUCAGACAGCACGGCUUUGACAGGAACAUGCUGGGGACCCUGGCUGGUGCCAACAGCUUCAGGAACUUCACCUCCCGGUUCUAAGAACAAGCUACCGUGCAAGUUCAGCUUGCAGG